UUACUCUUGUUAUACAAUCUAUAAUGGAUCACUUAUCGAAGGGUUCCUCUAUGCAAGAUGCAAAAGUGAAGGCAGAUAGAUUUGCAGCUCUUACAGAUGCAGGAAAUAUUCGAGUGAAAGCAAAACAGGCAAUCUUGCAAGAGUUGAACACUCAGCUGCAAAUCAAAGCAGAGCGUGUCAGAAUGUUAACCCGCCAAGGGGCAGAUUCUUCAGAUAAUCCUUAUGCUUCCCCCGGAUACGAGCACCACCGAAAAUUGCCACGUGCAGAAAAUAUGAACCCAAUCUCUCUGCCACCCAAAGUCAAUAGGCAGUCACCAAGGCCAAGGGGAGGGAAGAGGACAGAUGCUGACUCAGGACUGCUUGUCCAAGCACCACCCACUGUAAGCCAAGGCUCAAAGAUCCCUCUGUCAACAGUCAGAAAAAGAAGAAAGGAGAGUAAAAGACACAGACCAGAUUAUACUUGGAAUAAAGGUGGAAGAUUGAAAGAAAUAAGGAUAAGGCACUUGGCCAGAAAAUAUCUUUACAUCUGGAUUAGAAAAACAUUUGGACGAGUUUUACCAUCAGUAGCAAGAAAACAUCACAAUACCCAAGUACUAAAACAAGCCUUUGCAGAGUGGUAUGAAUUAUGGUGGGUUGCAAGGAAAGAGUGGAGGCUGCAGGUCAGGGCAGAAUGUCAUAACAGGUACCGUGUAUGGAAUGUAGUGUUUAAAGCAUGGACAAGAUACACUGUUCUUCAAAAGGUUAAGAAUGCAAAGAAGGCAAUGGCAGAGCGUCAUGGUAAUGUCAGAGUGCUGAGUAGAGCUUGGCAAGCCUGGAGGCUCUAUAUCAGGAUCAGGAGAACUAAGAAAGGUUUAUCAACCAGAGCUAGAGUAUUUGCCACUGAAAACUUAUUGAGAUCCUGUUGGAUACGCUGGGUGAUGGCUUUUGACAAAAGACAAGAACAAAAGGAUGUAGAAGUAUUUGCACUGCAAAUUUGGGCAGAAAAACUGCAAGCACAGUGUUGGUUGAAGUGGAAAGCAGCAUUCAAGGCUCGUCAGCAGGUGUAUUUUAAGUCCAGGGUUGCAGAGAAACACAGAGAUGUCAGACUUCUCUCAAGGUGCUGGAAAGGAUGGUUACUUCAUGUUAUUAUCAGGAGGAGAAAGAAAACACAAAAAGAUGUUGCCAUGAUGAUGUACCAGAACAACUUAAAGCAGCGUCUCUUUAGAAUCUGGUGUAAAAGAUGUCAUGCUGCAAGACUUGUGGCUCAGGUACAGGAGAGGAUUGAAAUACUGAGAAACAGGGCCAGGGCUAGAAGAACAUUAGAACACUGGAAAUUUUAUAUCAAUUUAAGACAAAAGAAGAAAGAAAAAGAGCAGCAAGCUGAUGAACACUAUAGGAAACAUUUAAUGUCUUCCUGUCUGUCAGCUCUACAGCUUAAUGUCGUCCAGGAGAGACUUCAAGUUAUGAGGAAAAGAAUGGCAGACCAGUGCUACAACCAGAUGCUCUUGCAAAAAACCUGGAACAAAUGGAUAGCAUGCUGUGAUCAGAAUGAAGAGCUCAAGUUGUAUACAGUUAACAAAAAGGCCUGGACACACUACAAGAUGACUCUCCUGGGGACUAGUUUUGAGAAAUGGGUGAACUACAAUAUCUGGAGACAACACAGAAAGGCCCAAUAUGCAAGGGCAGAUGCUCACUACAUCAACAGACUGAUGCCUAUGUGUGUCUUUAGAUGGAGGCAAUUUGUUAAUUUAAUGAAACAGAAGAGGGAAAUGGAAAAUGAUGGAAAGGAAUUUAGAAGAGAAAAUCUCCUGGCUAGAUUUUUCUACACUUGGAUGGAAAGAUGCAAACAAAGUCAAGAAGUUAGACUUAUGGAACGUAUGGCCAUUUUACAUGACAGUGAGAUGACAACACGGAGAUUUUUACUGAAGUGGAGAAAUGCUACUAAGGAGAGGCAGGUGGAUAUGAAGAAAGAGGAAAAUGCUCAUGAUCAUUACCAGAUAACCUUGAUGAGCCAAGCAUUUGAAACAUGGAAGACAUUUAUAAGGGAUUCUAGGAAAAGCUAUGAAUCAGAGAAGAAGGCUGUGAGAUACCAUUAUUUGAAGACCAUGGGAGUGACGUGGAAGGGCUGGAGGAAGUACAUUGGCUAUGAAAGAAGAAAGAAGACAAAGCUGCAUCGGGCAGUUGUGUUUCACAAUCAGAAAAUUUGUGGCAAAGUCAUAGGGCAUUGGAAGGAGUACUGCAGACGUGCUGCAGUAAUAAAUGAAGAGGUAGAGAGGAGAGCACAGAUACAUGAUAAAGAGUUACAAAGGAGGUGCCUGAUACAGUGGCACAGGAAUGCUGUAGAACAGAAACAAAACAAACAACAAGAAGCCAAAGCAGACAAGUUUCAUGGACAUAUCGCUUUGAAAAAGGUCUUCUCUGCUUGGAGAGAAUAUGCAAAUGUUCAUGCUUAUGAACACAAGAAGACUGCAGAGAAAUUGCUGUCUGCUCAGCAACAUCUUGGUAAAGUGAAACUACACUAUAUUCUAACAAGAUGGUACCAGUUGAAGAAUGGAGCAGUGAUACAGAGACUGAAGUUCCAGCAGGCUGUGGAGCACCAUAACAAUACACUAAGGAUGAGGACUAUAACUGUGUGGAAGAACUACACAGUCCUUUGUCAAAGAAAGCUGCUCCUUCAGAAACAAUGCAUGUGGUUGUACACCACAAGGCUCACUGCCAAGUUCUUCCUCAAGUGGAGGGCUCAGUUUGCUGAGGCUCAGGAAGAUCACACAAAAAACAAUAUGGCACUUUGGCAGUGGAGUUUUGUACUACAGAGAAAAGUGUUCCUGGCCUGGCAAACCUAUACACAUGAGAGGCAUAGAAAGAAGGCCAGGAUUGAACUGGCCAUGGAACAGCGCAGAUUACGCCUCAUCAGACAAGGGUGUGGUCAGUGGUUAAAAGUGGCCACAGAACUGAGUGAGGUCAGGUCCAAAUUGGCUGCAGAGAGACAAGCACAGACUGCAUACAAUAUCUAUCAGCUGGUCCACAAGUGUGCCUUGCAUUGGAGACAAUGGACAAUCAAACGCAAAGCAGCAAGACUGGAACAGGGAAUAACAGGUGCCCCUUUACCUGGGGGUGAAUCUGGCACAGGCAGAAAUGCUCCUGCUAGGCCUCUGGAAAAGCACAGAGGAGUCCCAGGUUCCAGCAGACCCACACAGAGUGUGGCUUCACCACUCAGGAGUUUGAACUUGCCUGGAAAACACCAGGCUGGAGUAAGGGCAUUAGAGAGUGCUCUUCUGGGACCCAAUGUGAUAAGACCAAGCAGACCCAGGCCUAGAAGACCAGACUUUCUAAUUGACUCACUGAAAAGAGAUGGUUUAUACCACCCUACACCACAAAAAGCAACACUGCACACGAACAGCUCUCAUCCAAUGACUGAGCCAAGCAUACAAAUGGCUCUGAAAGGAUUUUCUCCAGCCAUGGCAGAAGAUGAAGAGUCACAGCUACAGAAUGUGCAGCCAACUGUGCUCACUUCUCAAGAACCAGUUGUGCAGCCUGGUGUGAUACCCAGGACAGAUAAAGACAAUGGGAAACCUGAUGCAAGCAAUACUGGUGUCUUAAGUUCUAUAGCAAAGGGCAGUAGGAGUAAUGUUUGUUCUAAUGCAGAUGUUGGGAUAAAACCACAGAUUCGACACUCGCCCACCUUACCAAUGGCAUCUUCAUCAGGACCAAAAUUACAACAGAUAACAACAGCACACAAACCAAGUGAUAUUCUUAUGACUCCUGCAAUGUUCAUGACAGCGCCAAGUGAUGGCUCAGAACAAGCUUCACCACAAAGACCUGUGCUGCCAUCUGGUAAUUUAAUGACGGAAGCAUCUGUGCUGACACCUACAAAAAAAGGGGUGCAAAUACCUUUGACGCCUUCAACUUCCACGCCCGAGAAACAUAGUGGGAAAGAAAAUGGCAAAAUGCUUUUGAAACCUGAUGACUUUAUUCAGUCACCUCCUGGAGCACAUAAACUCAGUAAAGAACAAGAACUUACAGAUAUCAGAAACAAACUGCAGGAAUACAAUGAUAAGAAAAAGAAACUGAGGUUGUUAAGAGAGCAGGAGGGUCAUUUAAGAGAGUGGCUUGAGGAGCAGCAGAUUGAUGGUAAAAGUGUGGAGGAGCAGCAUGAAGAUGUAGACCAGGUGAAGGAGGAAUUAGAGGAGAUUAGUAAAGAGAUCUUAGAGUUUACGCUAUGGUUACACAAAGAAAGGAACACUUGCCAGAGAUUAAAAGAAAGAGCCAAGAACAUUUUGGCAGAACUCCAACAGAUAAUCUCAUGA